ACCGCGGUCCCCGCGCUCCUCUGUCGCUCUCGCCGCAGCCCCGACCUCGCCCGCCGGCCCGCGCUCGCCCCCGCCAUGCCGAACAUCGUGCUGUUCAGCGGCAGCUCCCACCACGACCUGUCCCAGCGGGUGGCGGACCGGCUCGGGCUGGAGCUGGGCAAGGUGGUCACCAAGAAAUUCAGCAACCAGGAGACCAGUGUAGAGAUUGGUGAAAGUGUGAGAGGGGAAGAUGUAUAUAUUAUCCAGAGUGGCUGUGGAGAAAUAAAUGACAACUUAAUGGAACUACUCAUCAUGAUCAAUGCUUGCAAGAUUGCGUCAUCCUCCAGAGUGACUGCUGUAAUUCCAUGUUUUCCAUAUGCCAGGCAAGAUAAGAAAGACAAGAAGGGGUCCGUGGAGCGUUGGAGUCGUGCACCAAUCUCUGCAAAACUUGUUGCCAACAUGUUGUCAGUUGCAGGGGCUGACCACAUCAUCACCAUGGACUUGCACGCUUCUCAGAUCCAGGGUUUCUUUGACAUUCCAGUAGAUAACCUGUAUGCAGAACCUGCAGUGCUGCAGUGGAUUAAAGAGAACAUUCCUGAGUGGAGAAACUGUAUCAUAGUCUCACCUGAUGCAGGUGGUGCAAAAAGGGUCACUUCAAUUGCUGAUAGACUGAAUGUGGAAUUUGCUCUCAUUCAUAAGGAAAGAAAGAAGGCAAAUGAAGUGGACAGAAUGGUCUUGGUUGGUGACGUGAAAGAUAGAGUAGCAAUUCUUGUCGAUGAUAUGGCUGACACAUGUGGCACAAUAUGUCAUGCAGCAGAGAAGUUGAUGUCUGCUGGAGCUACUAAAGUUUAUGCCAUUCUCACUCAUGGCAUCUUUUCUGGUCCUGCCCUCUCUCGGAUUAAUAAUGCAUCGUUUGAGGCUGUUGUGGUGACCAAUACAAUCCCCCAAGAGGAGAAAAUGAAACACUGCCCAAAAAUACAGUUUAUUGACAUAUCCAUGAUCCUGGCAGAGGCAAUUCGAAGAACACACAAUGGUGAAUCUGUGUCUUACCUGUUCAGUCAUGUGCCCUUGUAACUGGAGGAGAUACACUGCAUCUUUGCAAAGGUCCCUUAAGCUAGCACUGUUUUUAAUGAUGGACAUCAACCACAAGAAAUGAGUAUCUUUGUACAAUUCCAGAGCUUGUAUGUUUAAUUAUUAUAUUUGUCUUGAAAUCACCACUUGUUUGUUAUAAAUGGGCAAUAAAUCUCCAUCUUGAAGCAACCUUA